UUAUAGAGACAGAGGGACAAGGACUGUUGCCCUGUUAGACUCCCACUCCACAUACAAGGAGCUUGAUAUUUAGCGUCCACAUUUUAGUCAUCAUCUUUAAUUUAUUUGUUUUUCAGUUCAUGACUUCUGUGAAGAAAGAUGGCUCCUUAAUCUGGUGACCACUGAUGUAUGCGGAAUAGUUUGCUGCCUGCUUAUUUAGUUUGUUGUUUUUUAGUUUUGGUUCAACUUUUUAGGAGUCUUUAUUACUGUGUGACUCCCAGCUACUGGAAUAUCAGCGCUCCUUCUUUGGACUGUCUCAUCCUGCUUUCUACAAUGCUGACCGACCCGUGUGGAGCCAUGUCGAUGGGGUCAGAUGUUCGAGAUCUGACCCUCCUACCUCCAGCGCCUCCUAUGCCAUCCUUAGGUGCUGGUGGUGGCUGUGGGAUGUCUGUUGGGGGUGGUCAGUGGACCCAGCUGCUGGACCUUCACCCCAGCUCACCCUACAGCUCCUUGCCCUCUCACCACUCCCUCAUUAAGCAGGAACCAGGUUGGGGGACCGCUGAUCCGAUAGAGGACCCUCACUGUGGACUCGGGGCCUUCACAUUACACUUCUCAGGCCAGUUUACAGGCUCGGGCCCCUGUCGAGUUGGGGCCUUCGGAGAGGCAACUGCAGGUCAGCCGAGGAUGUUUCCUAAUGGUACCUACCUGCCCGGCUGCAUGGACAGUCCUCCUGCCCCCAGGAACCAAGGUUAUGGAGCAGUGGGCUUAGACAUCAACCCCAGUUAUGGUCACACUCCCUCUCAUCACAGCCCUCAGCUCUCCAGCCUGUCCUUCAAACACGAGGACACUCUGUCACCGCCAAACAACAUAGUUGACCAGCAGUACCCAGCUCCUCCUCCCAUGUUUGGUUGCCACAAUCCAUCAGAAUCGUGUCCAAGCAGCCAAGCCCUGCUGCUGAGAAACUACAGCAGUGAUAACCUGUACCAAAUGGCAUCUCAGCUGGAUUGUGUAACCUGGAACCAAAUGAACAACCACACUUCUAUAAAAAGUGCCCAUGCACCCAGCUAUGACAGUGACCCCACAGCCCCGCCCCCACCCAUGCUUAUGAGUGCCCAGUAUCACAUACACACCCACGGUGUCUUCAGAGGACUUCAGGAUGUUCGACGUGUAGCUGGCAUUGCUCCACCCGUUGUGAGGUCAUCAGAAGCCAGCGAAAAGCGUCCAUUUGUUUGUGCUUAUCCUGGCUGCAGCAAGAGAUACUUCAAACUGUCACAUCUCCAGAUGCACGGCCGCAAACACACAGGAGAGAAGCCUUACCAGUGUGACUUCACAGAAUGCGGCCGUCGAUUCUCUCGCUCAGACCAGUUAAAGAGGCACCAGCGCAGACACACAGGAGUGAAGCCCUUUCAGUGCGAGACGUGUCAGAGAAAGUUUUCACGGUCAGAUCAUCUUAAGACGCACACUCGGACUCAUACAGGUAAAACAAGUGAGAAGCCCUUUACCUGCCGCUGGUCCAGCUGUGAGAAGAAGUUUGCCCGCUCUGAUGAGCUGGUGCGCCACCACAGCAUGCAUCAGAGGAACUUGACCAAGCUGCAGCCUGCCAUCUGAGUAGCGAGAGGAGGAGGAGGAGGAGGAG